AUGCCUCCAAAUUUGGAGGAUAAUUUGAGCAAAAGUGAUAAUAAUAUAACAACGCAUGAUAUACCGAAUGAACUUGGAACACCCAGUACGAGCUCCAGUGCUAGUGCCAGUGAUGGUGCCAGUGCUAGUGGUAGCACUGGGCCUGAUAAUAGUUUACCAUCUUUACAUGAAUAUGAAGAAAUAAAUUUACCAGAUUUGGAUCUUCCUGACUUAGAAGGAGACUUGGAUUUGGAGUAUUUAAACAGGUUUCAGAUACCAUUGGAGCAAAAUUUAAGGGAGUUGUUGGUUCAAGUAACAAAUAGCGACGAUCUACAGUCAAUAACACAAUUAAAACUUAAAGUUAUCGCCAGAGAAGUACCUUUACAACAACUAAGCAUACACACUCCUUUUUUAAGGGAGUUAAUACUGGAUGGCAGCAUAGUAUCCACACUUAGAGACUUAGGUUGCGGCCUUAAAAACCUAAAAAUCCUUAGGGUGAACAGGUGCAUGUUAACCUGCAUUGACAGCGUCUUCGGUUUCGAAAUGCUCGAAGAGUUAUACGCGGCUGAUAAUGACAUAAAGGAUUUACUACCGUGUGCUUUUCUAACCAAUUUAAAAAUCCUGGAUGUGAGAAGAAACGCCCUCAAAAAAACCAACACCCUGGGAUUUUUAACGCUAUGUCCGAAUUUGAAGGAUUUGUACUUGGAAGGGAAUUUUGAGUCGCAGGUGUUUCCAAAGUAUAGGGAAACCAUCAAGUCCAUGAUACCCAGUCUUGUGGCUUUGGAUGGCAUAACUUUUUCGGAAGGUAAUGUAUACACCAAGGGUGAAAAAUAG